AUGCCAUCCGUCCCAUGGAAGCAGGAAAUCAACUUUGCCAGCGCAUUGUUGCUGCAUUCGUGCAUUGCCGUCUUUCUAAAGGAAAUGAGUAACGGCACAGCCAUCCUUUACCAUAUAUUCAUUGUUGCCAAAGACCAGGCUGCUAUCGAUACUUCUGUCAUGCUUGACGGCUACAUGUCCGUCUUCUCCAGAGAUCAAGAUGGCGAGCUGGCUGAGCCGUACUUUACAAACACCGGGUUUAUCCUCUUGAUAGCCUCGCUUGCUUCAGCAAUCGCCAUGAACCUAGCUCUCCCAACAGGAGUGCUGAAUGCGCUAAUUGCAGCUACGUUCGGCCUGACGUUUCUAGCAUCCGCUGCAGUGGCAUGCAAGAAGAAGAGUUUUGUCAUGCCCAUUAUGGCUCUUCGGCGUGCAGGGCGAUUCAUAUGGUCAGACACGCCGUUUGUCAACUUCUUCUCGUUGAUUUACAUUGCUGUUGUUUUGAAGGGAUCCUCGAAGCUUGCUUUGAGAGACUACGUCAUCUUUCGAUCUAUUGCAAUCCUGGAGCUUGUCUUUAUGAAAGCUAGACUGGCAGCUGCAGACGCAGAGACGCAACAGAGCAUGUUGAAGCGUCUUGUUGAUAGCGAAUACGCUGUCAUCAGUAGCAAAUGCCUGCCUGCGGCUCGCAGUCCACCAAAGCCACUCGAGCACUCGCGUAUUGUACCUUUUAUAAGCUCUCAGCGCUUAUUUGUUAUGUUAUACAAAACUGCAAUCAGCCAUAUCGAGGGAUUUAUUUGCGGAGCAUCAGGCCCUGCUACGAUGGCUAUCCCAAAGAACCCGGGGUUCUUCAAAGACGAGGCUGCACAAUACGGGUGGCGAGUCUACCGCAUGUCGCCUACUUACGUCUUCAUUGAAGACUGCGACCAGACAAUGGUCACUGAGACAAUGAAGAGGGCGCCAACCAAAGAACGAACAGGUAUGGCAGCCCGUUAUACCAAGUUCAUCUCACGGAGCCACGGCGUACUGUUGCGCCGUCUUGGCAGGCGCAGGGUUGUUUGGUUGAUGCAUACAGGGCAAGACGAGCGUGGAGCUGAUUGCUGGAAAGGAAACAUCAACCUUGUUACUGGAUUGAAGGAGACGUGUCUCAAAGACAGAGGCAUAUUUAGACCCAUGACGGGCGGUGACUAUGGAGACGCAAGAGUAAAUGUUGUGUGGUAA